UGGUGGAGCUGCUGGAGGUGCCGGGGGUCCUCGCCGCCGCCGCCCUCCUCCUCGUCCUCCCCUCCCGGGUCCCCGGAGGCUCGGCGCCUAGGAACAAGAGAGACAUUCAAGAAGUGGGCUGGCUGGGAGAAGGAAGGGGAUCAGCAUCAGGGAGGGAGAGGCACCCUGCUGUGCUUGAGCAGCGCCCUGGCUGGUGACAGCAUGACGAGCGAGGUGAUCGAAGAUGAGAAACAGUUCUACUCGAAGGCCAAGACGUACUGGCAGAAGAUCCCGCCCACGGUGGACGGCAUGCUUGGGGGGUAUGGCCACAUCUCCAACAUCGAUCUCAACAGCUCCCGGAAGUUCCUGCAGAGGUUUUUGAGGGAUGGCCCAAACAAGACAGGGACUUCCUGUGCCCUGGACUGUGGCGCUGGCAUUGGACGAAUCACCAAGCGGCUGCUCCUACCACUGUUCAGGGUGGUGGACAUGGUUGACGUGACGGAGGACUUUCUGGCCAAAGCCAAGACCUACUUGGGGGAGGAGGGCAAGAGGGUGAGGAACUACUUCUGCUGUGGGCUGCAAGACUUCAGCCCAGAGCCCAGCUCCUACGAUGUGAUCUGGAUCCAGUGGGUGAUAGGUCACCUGACUGAUCAGCACCUGGCGGAGUUCCUGCGGCGCUGCCAGCGGGGCCUGCGCCCCAAUGGCAUCAUCGUCAUCAAAGACAACAUGGCUCAGGAGGGCGUGAUCCUGGACGAUGUUGACAGCAGCGUGUGCCGGGACCUCCAGGUGGUGCGCAGGAUCAUCCGCAGCGCUGGCCUCAGCCUGCUGGCCGAGGAGCGACAAGAGAACCUGCCCGACGAGAUCUACCAUGUCUACAGCUUUGCCCUGAGAUGAGCCACGCUGGCCAAGAAAGCCAGGGACCAGAGCAGGGCAGGGGCUGACAGGGUCUGCACCCCACCCCAGUGACUCCAGUGUCGAGGCCACUAAAUACACCUGUCUGCCGUCUACUAUAGACUCUUCCUUAAAAGGCCAAGUGGAGGUCGGUGGGGAAGGGCGUCCUACCCCACUGAGGUGCAUUGCUGACUGGGGACCCUCACUCAUCAAGGUGAAAGCAGAAGCUCAGGCUGUCACCCCCAAUGUACAGUGUGCUCUCUCCAGGGAGUAUGAGCCAGGCUGAGUGGCUCGCAGGUGCUGUCUGCACACUACUGCCCAGCCAAGCCCAGCAUGGCACCUGUCAGAUGCCACCACUUACAGGAAUGCUCGUGUUCCAGAUCCUCUGCUGAUGAGUCUUGAAGGUGGUCCAAAAGCUGGCGGCAGGGGAGAUGUCUGUCCCUCAACUAUACUUGGGAGCUUCUCCCUGGCAGUCACUUCUGGCUAAUAAAAGGGUGAACCCCAUUCUUUGAAGGCUC